AAACCAGAAACACACAAAUUUUCAACCAUGUCAACCUUGACAUCUUAUGGCAAAGUCAACGAAUCCGACCAAGCAAUGAUGCUCCAACUCCAAGCUCGUCGAAAAACCACGAAAAGAAUGGCCAUUAUUUCCCUAUCUUUCGUAGUUCUCGCUGUCAUCGUUGUCGCCGCCGUUUUGGGAAGUACUCGGAGCUCUAAAGGAGACUCCAACAAUGACGGAAACACCCCAACACAGCCCCUCUCCACCUCCAUUAAAGCCGUUUGUGAUGUCACGUUGUAUAAAGAUUCAUGUUAUAAGAGCCUUUCUCCUAUGGCUAACUCCACCGAGCUCGAACCCGAAGUUAUCUUCAGAUUAUCAAUGGAAGCCGCUGUUUCCGAGAUAUUGAAAGCAUCUCGGUAUUUUAUUAUCUCCAAUAAUAUUGGUGACAAUAUGACGAAUUUAGCAAUGGAGAAUUGUCAUCAGCUUCUUGGUUUAGCCAUUGAUCAUCUCAACAGCUCGUUAUCAUCCUCGACGGAUUCCGUCGACGAUCUCAGAACAUGGCUGAGCUCCGCCGUGACUUACCACCAAACCUGCAUUGAUGGAUUUGAAGAGUUUAACGGCGUCAUCAACCGCGACGAUAUUGAUAACCAUCUGAAAUUUUCUUCCGAAGUUACAAGCAACUGUCUCGCCAUUAUCACAUGGAUUUCGAAGGUUAAAACAGCGUUUAACUUAAGGCGACGACGUUUAAUGAACUUGGAAGCUCGAGAGGAGCAGCAAUGGCGGUCUCAUCGUGAAAGGGUAUUGCUUGAAAGUUCGAAUGAGUUGAAGAAGAAAGCUGAUAUAAUAGUGGCGAAAGAUGGUUCGGGUAAGUUCAAAACUAUAAUGGAAGCCAUUAAAGCUGUGCCAAAGAAAAGCAAGAAAAAAAGAACAGUAAUAUAUGUGAAGAAGGGAGUUUAUAAAGAAAAUGUUAAGGUUGAGAAGAAUAAAUGGAACGUUACGAUGAUUGGUGAUGGGAUGAAUUCCACCAUUGUUACCGGAAAACUUAAUGUUGUUGAUGGCACUCCAACAUUUUCAACCGCAACAUUUGCUGUCUUUGGAAAAGGCUUUGUUGCUAGAGACAUGGCCUUCGUCAACACCGCCGGACCGGAAAAACAUCAAGCAGUCGCCUUAAUGUCAACUGCCGACCAAUCAGUCUUCCACCGAUGCCGAUUCGACGGUUUCCAAGACACACUUUACGCACACUCGAACCGCCAGUUCUACCGCGAAUGCGACAUCAUUGGAACAGUCGAUUUCAUGUUCGGUAACUCAGCCGUCAUCUUCCAAAACUGCAACAUCCUUCCCCGGCAACCGAUGGCAAACCAACAGAACACCAUCACCGCCCAAGGAAAAGUCGACCCGAACCAAAACACUGGCAUUUCAAUCCAAAAUUGCACCAUUUCACCAUACGGGAACUUGAGUUCUUCGUUGAAAACUUACCUCGGUCGGCCAUGGAAGAAUUACUCCACCACCGUUUUCAUGCAUUCACAAAUCGGGAGUCUCGUACAUCCCACCGGAUGGCUGCCGUGGACAGGGAAUACUGCUCCGAGCACCAUAUUUUACUCGGAAUAUAAGAACGUUGGCCCUGGUUCUUCGAUGAAAGAUAGGGUUAAAUGGAAAGGAUUGAGGAAUAUUAGUGAUAAAGCAGCCAAGAAAUUUACUGUCAAAGAGUUCAUUAAUGGUGGAAAGUGGAUUUCAGAUGCUGGUGUUAGCUACAAAUCUGGUUUGUGA